AUGGCUGCUUCCCAACUGCUGUUGGAUCCGGUCACCUUACCUUACUGGCCAACCUGUAAAAACGCAGUGUCCUGGUCGGGCGAAGGUUUGGCUGUGGCUGCAGGCGAGGUUGUGCAUAUCCUGACGCCCCGUGAUACUUCGCAUUCCCUCGAGGCUCCCGGCCACAAGCGGUGGCACACGUUUACCCUUCGCGUGAACCAAUUCGAUCCCUCAGAAUGGCCUUUUCUACCGAUGGCUCCCCUCGGCCACUUUUCGAUUGGCGAGGAACUCUCCGAAUCUCCCGUCGUCUCGCUGGCCUGGUCUCCGUCCGGAUUGGGCCUCUACCGAAGAAGCGUUUUGGCCAUCUUAACUUCAAAUCUUGUCCUUUCCUUUUGGGAAACGAAUGGAAGACUGGGCGUGUGGCAGAGGACUGGCAUAGUCAAUCAACACUUGCCCGUUGAAACAGGCUCCGAGAAGGCGGAUGAGUCCAGACGCAAACGCCGUAUUCGAGCCUUCCAUUGGCUCCCCGGAAUGGAACCGCUGGCCAAUUCAAAAUGGGGGCCUCAAUUCCUUGCGGUGGCCGAUGACAACAAUACGAUAUUGGUGUUUCACGUAUGGAAAAUUAAGACGGCCUCGUAUGGACAAUGGUCCUUCGAGCGCAUAGGUCAGCAUAGAGCAGCGAAAUCGGAUCCAAUGACAUCGCCCAUGCACCGAAGGAUUAGUCUCCGUGCUAUUCUUUCACAGACGUCGCCAAUAUCGAUGCUGGAGACGACAGAAUGGCAUCUCCAUGAGGAUCCCGAUGAAAAUACCAGAGUGGAAAAUGUGAUUGUCAAGGUGAGCUUCGGUCCAUGCGGUCAGGCGAAGUAUCUUUCCAUACACGUUAAGAGACCGGUCCGAAAUGAUACCGAUGACGAUUCUCCCGCUCGAGAGUGGGAACUUUCGAUAGAGGAGUCUCAGAUGCCCGCCGAUCUCCCCCUCGCUGAGCCGCCUGCGGAACGCUUGUUUGAACCCGCCAUCCAGAAACCUUGGUCAGACUUCAAUGAAAAGUUUGCUCUCGGAGGAAGAGUUCGCAUCCGGCACUGGGGCAGCGCUUGUUCUCCCGACCAAACUCAGGCUGCAGCUUGCGUUUCACUCCAUCCCUCUGACAUGAUUGAAUCCGGGAUCCCCUCGAAUCAGCAUUCAAUUAUCGUGUUUAUUCAGUUGCAGGAGCCCCUGGCAACAGAAACAGCGAUCAAGGAUGAUUAUACCGUAUAUGAGGAGAUUCUUGCCCUGGUGGUCAAUUCUCCGACAGAAUGGAUCCGGACAGAGUUGGACAAGAAUAUCGUCCGAAAUGCUACGGCUCUCAUUUUCAGGAAUGGACAACUACCUUACCAGAGCCACUUUCUCAUUUGGGAGACCAACCCAGUGAAGGGGUCGAUCGAGACGCCACGAUCCGGCGGCACCACGACCCCACAGACGCUGAGCAAGAUGCGCGCUCCCACUCUGAACCCAGACAUCAAAACGUCCCUUCCUCGACCUCACACCAAGAGACUUGCGAGAUAUGUCGUUCACCCAUACAAUUCUCAUCACCUUCAACGCCAGCCAGGUGCGCAAGAGGUCACCAAUUCAGCCGAUGCAGUCUCUCCUUCGUUGCUAUUCAAGAGCCUGGUGUGUCGAAAUAUUGUUCCAAAUGCAGCAGGCAGUCCCUCGAUCCUGGCAAGUUGGAAUUGCCAGAUGGCCCGAGCUUGA